AUGUCGAACCGCUAUUCGGUUUUCUCGACCCAGUCCGCCGGUCUGUCGGCUGGGCCACGACCACAACAAGGGUCCCAGGUGUCGACAACAACGUUACUGAAUGCCUUGCAUUCGUUCUAUACCGCUGGCCAGCCAUACCAGCUAGACUCGGCUACCAGUUUAGUGGUGAACACAUGGGUGACUGCCGCGACCACGUUGCCGGAUGGUCGAAACGGUGCCACUGUCGACCGUGAUUUGGCUAUCCGGGCUUGGGAACAUGCCCGACGACGAGCUGAAGAUGGAUGUAUCGUUCUAGGCGCCCUUCAUCAGUCCACUCCAUCUCUGCUGGAACCGUUCCUCACAUCGAUCCCCGUUGAAACACCGGGGGUAGCAUUUGCGGCACUCGGUGCUCUGCGACCUUUCCUCACUGCAGUUACCUCAUUCAAUCCUUCGUAUUCUCUCCACUCGGCUUUCGCUGCUACAUAUACCUUGACUUUGCCAGGAUCAGUCGUUGGCCUCUCUUUUGCUUUGUCCACCUCUGGUAUCAAUGUCCGCAAGGGUCUUUUGGAGAUCCAGCCUGAGACGGGCUACCGUGCAUUCGAUGCAUUCUACUACCUGCUCACAUCUGCAUCUACCGCCGCAGAGCGUGAGUUCCUGGACUUGAAGGACCACUCUGCCUACGCCCUACUCAGCCGAUCCAACACCUACACGCCGCCCUCCUACCUUCCCACCGCCGACGAUGCUGCCGCUGCAGAAGAUUUCCGUGCUUGUAUGAAGGCCAUUGGCAUCAAAGGCGCUUCUCAACGUGGUUUGCUCUCCGUUCUCGCAGGUUUGCUGAAGCUAGGCAAUGCGGCCGGGUUUGAGGCGGACCAAGAUGAUCUGGAGGAGAUCUGCGAGGAUGCUGGUGGUCUUCUCGGAAUCGAUCCUGAGAACCUCUUGCAUAAGUGCUCCACUGAUGAGCGCGAGGUUCUCAUUGCGGGAAUUUAUGAGGCCCUUGUCGAUUGGGUAAUUUCGAAAGCCAACGAAGCCAUUGCCGCCGAAAUCCAGAUUGCCUUGGAGAAUGAGUCCGGCACAGGAGCGCAGUGGUCAAAUGAAGAUACCGUCACUCUCACGGUGGUUGAUGUUCCCAGACCUGCUCUGGCCAAAGCCAUCAUGAUGCGAGGUGUCUUCGAUGAUGCCCUCGGACUCAAUGCCGAGAUGAAGGAUGAUGGAAUCCCAUUACCACCUAUCGGCGGCUCCGUGAUUAGUGAAAUGAACUCUGCAGUGGCACAAGUGGAGCCUGACCUUGGAAUCACUACUGGCUCUGCUGGGAGAGAACGUGAACACGAUUUAGACAAGCGGCAGGGUGUCUUAGAAAAGAUCGGUGUGGAACUCGAGGUAGAUGCUUUCCUGCGACGCAUCUUCUUCCCCGUUGAUACUGAAGGUAUCUCCGUCGGCAAGCGAGGCCGUUUCGAUCUUGCUACAACUCUCAACAGCAGUCGUGUGUGGUACCAUCUCUCCCUCCAUCCCACUGAUGACAUGCCAGAACAGCUUGCAUUGGCCGCAGGUCCUGCUUGGUCCGCCGGUGCAGUGUCCCGUCAAUUACGUGACUGGCGUCUUCCGGAAUGGGCCAACCGUCGCCUGAAACAGCUCGAUUUCACCGCAGAUUUCGAUGUCGAGGAGUUCGUGGGUCGGUACGCACGACUUGGUUGUGCCGAGGGCCAGGAUGGUGUCGAGAACUGGAUCAUCGAGAGAGGCUGGAGCAAUGGCGAUGCCGUUGUAGGUGAACAACGUGUCUGGAUGCGGGAAGGUGCCUGGUGGGAGGCCGAGAGUAUGCUGGAUCUUAAGCCAGAGGAGGUUCCAAUUAACCCGUUCAUGUAUGGCCCUGCCAUGUACGAAACUGGAUACACUCCUGAGGGUACUCCCAUGGGUGAAUCGACCAACCUACUCAACAUGGCCCCUGUCGGUGCCAUGGCACCCAGUGUCAUGGGCGGUGCCAAGUCCGUUGCCCCCAGCGCACCAUACACCCAGGCUGGUGCUACUGGCGGUGAUUAUGGUCUUGGUCGCAAGGGCGAUGACAAGAAAGGAGACAUUGCCUACUACGACGAGUAUGGCAACUAUAUCGGUGAAUUUGACCCUGAGUUCGGUGACCCAAAGCACAUCGAGAAGAAAACAAUCACUCCUGGCCGUCGACUUUGGGCCGGUUUUGUGUGGGCGAUGACCUUCUGGAUUCCCUCAUUUGUUCUUCAAUAUGUUGGCCGCAUGAAGCGUCCCGAUGUGCGUCUGGCUUGGCGUGAAAAGUUUGUCUUGGUCGGUCUGAUCUUGCUUUUCAACGGAAUCGUCUGUUUCUACAUCAUCGAGUUCGGUAAUCUUCUUUGUCCCAACAAGGACAAGAUGUGGAACGAGAAAGAAGUUGGAUGGCACACAACAAGUAACGAUUUCUUCGUCAGUAUCCACGGUCGUGUCUACGAUAUCAGCAAAUUCUACCGUCAACAGCAUAGUGACAUUACUGGAGAGGACACCAGUUCCACAAACAUGGAACCAUUUGCGGGUCUCGGCCUGGAUGCUUACUUUCCUCCCCCUCUCACCCGCUACUGUUCUUCAUUUGUCACCGAGCAGUCUAUUACUCUCUCCAACAAUGAUACCAACGCUAUUCUCUACCCCACGGCCGAGCACAAAUCGGGCCCUACUCAACAACCGAUUACGACCACUGCCCUGCACAAAAUUACCUGGUAUGAAGACGUCUUCUUGCCAAAGAUCGGUGACUACUACAAGGGUCCUUUGGUAUGGACCCGCAAAACUGUUCAGAACCAGGCCAACGCCGACGCUCGCUAUUGGGUCAUUUUGAACAAAAAGGUUUACGACCUAACAAACUAUUUCUACACCGUCAAAUUGCAGAACAACCUUGCCUCGUACGACUUCCUUCCAUCGGCUGUCACCAAACUUUUCAAAGAAAACAUGGGCGAAGAUGUUACCGAUAAAUGGCAAGACACAGCGGACUUCAAGAAUGCUGAGACUUGUCUCAACUAUGUCUUCUAUGUGGGCGAGAUUGAUAUCCGUGAUUCUCCACGUUGUACUGUGAACAACUGGAUCUUGCUCUCCUUCACGGUUUUGAUUUGUGCUGUUAUUCUUGUCAAGUUCCUGGCAGCUCUGCAGCUGGGAUCUAAGCGUCGGCCCACUCCCCAGGACAAGUUUGUUAUCUGCAUGGUUCCUGCUUACACUGAGGGUGAAAAUGAUCUGCGUAAGGGUCUCGACUCUCUAACUGCUCUUCAGUAUGACAACAAGAGAAAGCUGAUCUUCGUCAUCUGCGACGGUAUGAUCGUUGGUGGUGGAAACGACCGUCCCACGCCUAAGAUUGUUUUGGACAUUCUUGGAGUUGAUCCUAAGAUGGACCCGCCAGCGCUGCCCUGCAAGUCACUCGGUCAAGGAAGUGAGCAGCUGAACUACGGCAAGGUCUACUCUGGUCUCUACGAAUAUGAGGGUAACGUCGUGCCUUAUAUCGUUGUGGUCAAGGUUGGCAAGGAGUCUGAACAGCGGAAGUCCAAGCCUGGUAACCGUGGAAAGCGUGAUACUCAGGUUCUUCUGAUGCAGUUCCUUAACCGUGUCCAUCACCGCUCGCCUAUGUCGCCUCUUGAACUGGAAAUCUUCCACCAGAUUAACAACGUCAUUGGAGUAGACCCGGAGCUGUACGAAUACUGCCUGAUGGUCGAUGCAGAUACUACUGUGAGGGAGGACUCCCUCAAUCGACUUGUUGCUGCUUGUGCAGCAGAUGCGAAGAUUGCCGGCAUUUGUGGUGAGACCAGUCUUCAAAACGAGGAGCGCAGUUGGUGGACUAUGAUCCAGGUUUACGAGUACUACAUCUCGCAUCACCUGGCCAAGGCAUUCGAAUCGCUUUUCGGCAGUGUUACUUGUCUUCCUGGAUGUUUCACCAUGUAUCGCCUUCGUACUGCGGACAAGGGACGCCCUCUUAUCAUUUCGGACAAGGUCAUUCAUGACUACGCAGACAACGACGUCGAUACCCUCCACAAGAAGAAUCUGCUGUCUCUUGGUGAGGAUCGUUACCUGACCACCAUUAUGACUAAACAUUUCCCGACCAUGUCCUACAAGUUCAUUCCCGAUGCCUAUGCUAGUACAGCUGCUCCCGAAGCCUGGAGUGUAUUGCUGUCGCAGAGACGUCGCUGGAUUAACUCGACAAUUCACAACCUGGUCGAACUGGCAUACCUGAACGAUCUAUGUGGUUUCUGCUGCUUCAGUAUGCGUUUCGUCGUUCUUGUAGAUUUGCUGGGAACUAUCAUCCUUCCCGCCACUUGUGUCUACCUCGUUUAUCUGAUCUACCGUGUCGCCAGUCACAGUGGAGCUUUCCCUAUGAUUUCAAUUAUCAUGUUGGCUGGUGUUUAUGGUCUUCAGGCAAUCAUCUUCAUUGUCAAGCGUCAGUGGCAGCACAUCGGAUGGAUGCUCAUCUAUCUGCUUGCCUUCCCAAUUUACAACUUCAUCUUGCCCCUGUAUUCCUUCUGGAGACAGGACGAUUUCACAUGGGGUAACACCCGUGUCGUCAUUGGCGAGAAGGGAGACAAGCGAGUGAUCGCUGUGGAAGAUGAGCCAUUCGACCCUCGUAGUAUUCCUCUCCAACGCUGGGACGACUACGCCAUGGCCAACAACCUGCCCGGCCGCCGCGGUGAGCUUGGCGCCAGCCAAGAGAAGGUCUUCUACAACGGCCGUUACGAUGACAUGGCCAUGGAGAUGGAUGAUAUGCAGUCGCAAUACUCAUCUGUCAAGCCGGCGUCCACCAUCUUAACCGGAUUCCCCGGCCAAGGUCGCCACCAGCCAUACAUGCCACCUCAAUCGCCCGCUCCCUUCGUCGGCGGUAACGUCCCUGGCAACCGCAACUCACACAUGUCCAACUUUUCCCGGUACACGGAUAUGCCACAGAUGAGCGCCCAGAUGGGCGGUCACUCUGCCUCGGCGUCGAGACACAUGUCCAUGGGUGGUCUCAGCGCUUACCAAGAUAAUCCGGCCAAUGCCAGCCGCCACAGCGUCGGUCUCGGCCAGAGCACAGAUAAUCUCCUCGGUGGAAUCUCCCGCUCUCGCAGUCCCCUGGGCCAAUUCCCCUCUAGGCCUGCCAGUACCGCCUUCGAUUUCCGUGCUGGCAGCGGUCCCGACGAGGCUUCCAUCACCGAGGCUAUCCGCAGUUGUCUCGCAGAAGUUGAUCUGGACACCGUUACCAAGAAGCAGGUCCGCGUCCUCGUUGAACAACGUCUGCAGACUUCCCUCGCGGGCGAUAAACGUGCUUUCUUGGACCGCCAGAUUGAUCUGGAAUUGGCCAAUAUGUGA